CCUCAUGCAAACACUACUCAUAAACCCUAUCUUCUUAGUUUAUGUUCUUCAGUUUCAAAACUACAAUCGCCAUGAACACUUCGAAUAUCGUAGUUCGUUUUUUCUUACUCUUUUCCCUCAUAGGGAUAGUCUCAGCCCAGUUAUCCGCUACCUUUUAUGCAAAAACGUGUCCUAAUGCACUUUCAACCAUUAAAACAGAAGUCGUGUCUGCUGUUAACAACGAUCGUCGCAUGGGAGCUUCCUUGCUUCGUCUUCAUUUCCAUGAUUGCUUUGUUCAAGGAUGUGAUGCUUCAGUUCUCUUGGAUGAUACAUCAAGUUUCACAGGUGAGAAAACAGCGGGUCCCAACGCUAAUUCCCUCAGAGGCUUUGAUGUAAUAGACACCAUAAAGUCUAAGGUGGAGAGUUUAUGCCCCGGUGUUGUUUCUUGUGCUGAUAUACUUACCGUAGCAGCAAGAGACUCAGUAGUUGCACUUGGUGGAGCUAGUUGGACUGUGCCACUGGGUAGAAGAGACUCAACCACUGCAAGUUUAAGUUCUGCUAACUCAGACUUGCCUGGUCCCUCUUCAAGCUUAAGUGCUCUCAUCUCUUCUUUCUCCAACAAAGGUUUUACAGCUAAAGAACUAGUUGCUCUCUCAGGAUCGCACACAAUUGGGCAAGCGAGGUGCGUAACUUUCAGAAGAAGGAUUUACAACGACACGAACAUAGAUUCCUCUUUUGCAACAUCGUUGCAAGCAAAUUGUCCUAGCACAGGUGGUGACAGCACGUUGUCCCCUCUAGACACGACCACCCCAAACACCUUUGACAAUGCAUACUUCAAGAAUUUGCAGAGCAAGAAGGGUCUUCUGCACUCAGACCAAGAGCUUUUCAAUGGAGGAUCCACCGACUCUCAAGUAAAUGCUUAUAGCACCAACCCUGCAGCUUUCAAAACUGACUUUGCCAAUGCAAUGGUUAAAAUGGGAAACCUUAGCCCACUCACUGGCUCCAGUGGCCAGAUCAGAACCAACUGCAGGAAGACCAACUAAGGUUUUUGGCCUUCUUCUAUUCUACUAUAUAUAAGUCAAAAUUAUGGGCUAUUUUAGAUAUUGUAGCCAUUGCAGUUUAGGAGCAAAGCAAAUGAUUCCUUAAUUGUAAUGAUGAUAAUGUAAUAUCGGAAUAUUAAUGUCAGAAUGUUUCGACUAUUAAUGUAA